AUGGCAAGCAGCGCAUUGCCGCCUAUGUACACGGACACGCCACUGGCGCCGAUUCCAACGGCCAAGUUUGAAACCGGCAAGGAUGACCCCUUCACCAUCGAGGCUUCUCACAUGGCUCUCAGCCACAACGCGUUCAUCCGCGGCUUCAAUACCAUCUACCAGCAGGCUCCCCGCGUCGGCCCGGCCGACAAGGCUGACUUCGUUGGCUACUGCCUGGCCUGGGUUGACUGCGUGGCGACCCAUCACCACUACGAGGAGACGGAGCUCUUCCCGAACAUCGACAAGGCCGCCGGCCAGACGGGCUUGAUGGACAGCGCGGUCCACGAGCACGAGGCGUUCCAGGGCGGGCUGGAGCGGUUCCGAAAUUAUCUGCAAGACGAGGGCGCCGGCUUCUCGGGCGCUAGGCUGGUCAGCAUCAUGGACGAGUUCAAGGAGCCGCUCUACAGCCACCUGAAGUCCGAACCGCCUGCCAUUGUAGCGCUCGCCAGGUAUAGCACCAAGGACAAGCCGAUCGAUAUUCUCGGCAUCGCCGACGCUGCAGGCAAGAAGCAAGUCACCCUAAAAUUCAUGCUCAACACCUUGCCAGUCUUCUUCCUGAACAUGGAGACGGUGGAGUUCGAGGGCGGCAUGUGGCACGGCGUAUUUCCGCCUCUGAAAGGCCUGGCCAGGACCGUCAUGAACCAGGCCAUCCCAAUGUUGCACUCUGGCCGGUGGCGGUUUGCCAGCUGUUCGGCGGACGGAAGAGCGAAGCGCCUGGCGGUUUGA